ACCCCUUCCUAUUUCUAGUAACAAUUCCACCUUCCUUUCUUCCUGUUCCUUUCCCUUCCCCACACACACUUACUGUGUGUUUUCUCCCCACCACACAUUCAUUCUCAAACACAACAAACUCAUCUUCUCAAACCAAUCACUUACAGAUCAAUAACAACUUCUUUUUAACAAAAAAACAUCCAAAAUCAAUGGCGAGAGGCAAAAUCCAAAUUAAGAAGAUCGAAAACUCGACGAACAGGCAGGUAACUUAUUCGAAGAGGAGGAACGGGUUGUUUAAGAAGGCGAGUGAGCUCACUGUGUUGUGUGAUGCAAAAGUCUCCAUUAUUAUGGUUUCCUGUACUGAUAAGCUUCAUGAAUACAUCAGUCCUUCCAUUACGAUGAAGCAGUUUUUUGAUCAGUAUCAGAAGGCAUCUGGAGUGGAUCUUUGGAACUCUCAUUAUCAGAAAAUGCAAGAUGAACUGAGACAGCAGAAAGAGGUGAACAGAAAUCUUAGGAAGCAAAUUAGGCAAAGAUUGGGUGAUUGCUUGGAAGAUUUAAGUUUUGAAGAAUUGCUUGCACUUGAAAAAGAUUCACAGGAGGCUGUUUAUGUUAUUCGUGAGCGCAAGCUCAAAGUAAUUGGUAAUAAAGUGGAGACUUCAAAGAAGAAGGUGAGGAGUGCCCAAGAUGUCUACAAAAAACUCAUGCAUGAAUUUGACAUAAGAGGAGAGGAUCCACAAUACGGAUUGAUAGAAAAUGGAAUAGAAUAUGACAAUGUAUAUGGAUACCCGCAAAUGGGUGCACCACCACAUAUUCUGACUCUACGGUUGCAGCCGGACCAUCCCAACAAUCUUCAUGGUUCGGUCACCACCACUGGACCCACGGCAUCUGAUCUCACCACAUAUGGCUUGCUUGGUUAGCUAUUAGUUAAUAACUAAAGUUCAAUUUUAAGACAAAUCAAUUGUGUGUCGACUUGUUCAUAAGGUUUUGCCUCGUUUGAUUGGCUUAUGAUAUUAUCACUUUGUGUGGUUACUUUUUAUGUUUUCAAGAACUAGUACUCUAGUGGUAAUUCACAUAUUCGCAUAUAUGGUGUUUGAUUUGUUUA